CGACCUCAAGUUUCAGAGAACUAGCUUUUUCCGUCUCAACCAGCAACGUGGAGACUACAAGUCCCGGUGUGCACCGCGGCUCUGGCCGCCAAAGCCGGGAGUGUUGGGAACCUGUCCUGUCAGGGUGGUGUGAGCACAAGCUCAAAAUCUGGAGAUGAGCUAGUAGUCCAGGUUCCUGUGGUGGAUGUGCAAAGUGACAACUUUAAGGAGAUGUGGCCAUCCCUUCUGUUGGCCAUAAAGACAGCUAGCUUCGUGGCUGUGGACACGGAACUGAGUGGGCUGGGGGACAGGAAGAGUUUGCUGAACCAGUGCAUUGAGGAACGUUACAAGGCCGUGUGUCAUGCUGCCAGGACCCGUUCUAUCCUCUCCCUGGGCCUUGCCUGCUUCAAGCAGCAGCCAGACAAGGGCGAACACUCAUACCUGACCCAGGUGUUCAACCUGACCCUGCUGUGCAUGGAAGAGUAUGUCAUAGAACCAAAGUCUGUGCAGUUUCUGGUACAGCACGGCUUCAACUUCAACCGGCAGUAUGCCCAGGGUAUCCCGUACCACAAGGGCAAUGACAAGGGUGAUGAGAGCCAGAGCCAGUCAGUGAGGACACUGUUCCUGGAGCUAAUCCGGGCCCGCAGGCCCCUGAUACUGCACAAUGGUCUCAUAGACUUGGUGUUCCUGUACCAGAAUUUCUAUGCACACCUACCUGAGAGCUUGGGUACCUUCACUGCUGACCUGUGUGAAAUGUUCCCAGCUGGCAUUUAUGACACCAAAUAUGCUGCUGAGUUUCAUGCCCGCUUUGUGGCCUCCUACCUAGAAUAUGCCUUCAGGAAAUGUGAGCGGGACAAUGGGAAGCAGCGGGCAGCUGGCAGCCCACACCUUGUCCUGGAGUUCUGCAACUAUCCUUCUAGCAUGAGGGCCCACAUAGACUACCGCUGUUGUAUGCCCCCUGCAACCCACCGUCCUCAUUCCACCAGCGUCUGUGACAAGUUCUCGGCGUAUGGCUGGUGCCCCCUGGGAUCACAGUGUCCUCAGUCCCACGAUAUUGACCUUAUCAUUGACACUGAUGAAGCUGCCAUGGAGGACAAGCGGCGACGGCGACGACGUAAAGAAAAACGGCGGAGGGCUUUGUUGGGCCUGCCUGGGAAACAGACCUCUGGGGAAACUGAGGAUGGCCCUCCCACGAAGCAGGUCUGUGGGGAAGGCCUCAAGGCUGAGAAAAUUGAGCAGGAGGUGGCUGAGGAUGAGACUAGCAACCAGCCUGGCUCUCAGCAAGGUCACAAAAAUGACCUAGAGGUGGAACUUAAAGCAACAAGGCCUGAAACAGCUGACGUGGCUACCUUAGAAGCACCAGGGAGUCUAGUCGGUCCUAACCCAGUGCCUGCAGAUGGACUGCAUCGGGCUGGUUUUGAUGCCUUUAUGACAGGUUACAUAAUGGCCUAUGUGGCAAUGGGUCAAGGACCUCAGCCCUGUAGCUCUGGACCCUGGCUACCUGAGUGCCACAACAAGGUAUACCUGAGUGGCAAAGCUGUACCCCUCACAGUGGCCAAGAGCCAGUUCUCCCGUUCCUCCAAAGCCCACAAGCAGAAGAUGAAGCUGGCUUGGGGCAGCAGCUGACUUAACUUCUACUGCACUCAGAGCCCAAGAAGAGAAAGCUGAGGGUAGAA